UGUGUUGAUGAACGCAGAUGUUAUGUUUAGCAACUCUGUACACGAAAUGCAAAUCUUCAAAAAUUGAAGAAAUGACAGUGCACGGCAUAGCUAGCGGGUUAAUUUAUCAUACGUGUCUUGUGAUACUAAAACUUUUUAAUAAUAUUGAUUUUAAAUAAUGAAUUAUGUUCAUCACGUAAUGAUAUAUUGCUAAAUUAAUCUUUUUUUCACUAAUAUUUAUUUCUGAAAAUGAUAUUUGACAGCCCAAGUGAAAUGUUUUAAAUUGUGCAUUUUUCCUGCAGUGCCUGAUGAACUAAUAUUCUGCAUUUAAAAACACGAAUAAUGGAUUUCUCAUAAAGGUGAAUCACAUCAUGCUGUGUGUAAAUGACCAGCAUGCUUCCUAAAACAUCGAAGACCAUAGCUUUGUGCUCUUUAGCAAAUUUUAUCAAUGCUGCGGAUAGAAUUGUUAUGCCAAUCGCCAUAAUUCCUAUGACAGAUUAUUAUAAAUGGAAUUUAUAUUGGCAAGGAUGGAUUCUAAGUGCAUUUGCAUUUGGCUACAUAACUAGUCAAAUAAUAGGUGCCUGUGCUGCAUCAAAAUUUGGAGGUAAAACAGUCAUGACAUUUGCUGUGUUCCUCUGGUCUCUUUCAACUGUUAUUACCCCUUACAUUGCCUCAUCAUUAUCUUUGCUCAUUUUCUGUAGGAUACUUCUUGGUCUUGGAGAAGGCAUAGGCCUUCCUACUGUAUUUAAUAUAUUUGCUCAUGCUGUUCCUGUUGAAGAAAGAUCUCGAGCAUUUGGUUAUUUGGUUGCAAGUGGUACAGCUGGGCAAACUGUUGCUGCUCUUGUAUGUCCCCAUUUGCCAUGGCCAUGGAUGUUUUAUACAUUUGGAAGCCUUGGAAUGUUUUGGGUUUUGCUUUGGUUGGUUUUUUAUAUAGAUACUCCAAAUGCUGGAGUUGAAGAACUUCCAUUAGUAUUUCCCAAGGUAACAAAUAUAAAUGUCAGAUGGAUCGAGUUUAUUAGUCAUUGGUCUUUAUGGGCUAUAUAUAUAGCUCAUUUUGCUAUGAAUUGGACUAAUUAUAUUAUAAUGCAGUGGUUACCAACCUAUUUAUCUAGAAAUCUUGGAGCUGACCAAAAAGAUGUCAGCUUUACUGCAAUGCCUUACUUAAUAAAUUCUCUUUGUGGAAUUGUGUCUGGUCAUUUUGCUGAUUCAUUGAUAUCCAGAAAAUGGACAGUUUUAUCGGUACGGCGACUUAUGACUUGCAUUGGACUCAUGGGUCCUGGUAUAUUUCUAUUAUGCUUUAGUGCUGUUAAUAAUUUGCUAGCUGCUGUUUUGUUCGUUUCCAUUUCCAUGGGUUUAUGUGCCUGCAACUCGGCUGGACACUUAAGCAAUCAUGCAGAUGUGGCUCCUAACCAUGCUGGAGUGACAUUUGCUAUUUCCAACACCCUGGCAACUAUACCAGGUAUCUUAUGUGGUCCAGUUACAGCAGAAUUAGUCACUCAGUCACAUGGCCGAUGGUUUCCUGUCUUUGUUUUGGCAGGAUGUGUAAAUUUUGUUGGAGCUGUGAUUUAUACCAGUCAAAGUUCUGCAAGCCAGGCUUUAUGAGUUCUCAGAGAGAUAUUCAAGCUGAAUAUUGGGAUAAAACUGGUAUCCGUCUUGUGUACUAAAGUAACACCAAUAUUUAUAAGAUUUUAAUUUUGUUGCUGAUUGUUGUUCCAAAGAAUAUUUUAUAUUUAUGUGAAUGCUGAAUGAAAUGAGAUAUAUUUGUAAAUUUUGACGUUCUGUAUAGGAAGAUAAAAAAGAAGAUAUUUUAAGCAAUAAUGAA